GCCGGGCUGGAGGCAGUCCCAGCCUUUGGGGCCGGCUGCAGCUGUCCCGGCCGGUGCCAGCUCCUCCCCCCGCAGCACGGAGGCUCCGUGGCCGGUGCUACCCGGUGGCGAGGCCGGCUCGUCCUCCAGGCUUUCAUGGCGCUGCUGGUUCUUGCUCACCGUGGGGCUGUGCCAGCCAUGCCUGCCUGCGAGCUCGCCUUUGCUGGUUGACGAGGGGCGAGGGAAGUGCCCGUGGAGACCAGCGGGCCACCAUGGCGCUGGCAGGUGCCCUGGAGCGGCUGCAGGAGGAGGCCAUUUGCCCCAUCUGCCUGGAGUACAUGAGCGAGCCGGUCAGCAUCGACUGCGGCCACAACUUCUGCCGAGGCUGCAUCGCCAAGCACUGCCAGGACAAGGGGCUGUGGGCCGACGGGCCAUUCUCCUGCCCGCAGUGCCGGGCCUCCUGCCACCGCAGCGGCUUCCGACCCAACCGGCAGCUGGCCAACAUCGUGGAGAGCAUCCGCCAGCUGGGGCUGCGGGGCGGCCUGGGGCCCGAGCUGGAGCCGGGGACCCCCCUGUGCCCCCAGCACGAGGAGCGGCUGAAGCUGUUCUGCGAGGAGGACGAGGAGCCCAUCUGCGUGGUGUGCCGGGAGUCGCUGCAGCACCGCCCGCACACCGUGUACCCCAUUGAGGAGGCGGCGCACGUCUACAAGGUCAAACUCCAGAAAUCGCUGGAGAGUCUUUUAAAGGAAGUGGAGGAGGUGAAGAAGCGUGAGUCAGCAGAAAGGAUGAAAACCCAGGAGUGUAAGGAGACAGUAAAGAAAAAGCGGGAGAGGAUUGUAAGUGAGUUUGGGAAGCUGCAUCGGCUGCUGGCUGAUGAGGAGAAGCUACUGCUCCAGAAGCUGGAGGAGGAAGAGAAGCAGAUUCUGCUGCUGAUCAAUGAAAACCUGGCCCGGCUGGUGGAGGAGAAGUGCUUGCUGGAGGAGCUGAUCGUGGAGAUAAAGGGGAAGAGCCAGCAGCCAGCUGAUGGGCUGCUCAAGGACAUGAAAAGCAUCCUGAGUAGGUGUGAAGGGGUAAAGUUCCAAUCCCCCAGAGCUGUGUCUGUGACCCUGAAGGAAAACUACAGCAUUCCUGAGCGCUGCCUGGGCAUGAGGGACAUGCUGAAGAAGUUCAAAGUGGACGUGAUUCUGGACCCAGAGACGGCACACCCAGACCUCACUGUGUCUGAGGACCGCAAGAGCGUCCGGCGUGGGAGCAAGAAGCUGCUUCUGUCCCUCUUCGACAACCCCAAGAGGUUCGGCACCACCCCAGUGGUGCUGGGCAGUCCGGGCUUCUUCUCGGGCCGCCACUACUGGGAGGUGCAGGUGGGAGACAAGCCCGAGUGGGGCCUGGGGCUGUGCCGAGAGGCUGCCGGUCGGAAAGGCUCUGUCCUCUUCUCCCCCAACAAUGGUUACUGGGUGCUGCGGCUGCAAAAUGGGGGCACCUACGAGGCCCUGACCGUACCCAUCUCCCCCGUGACCCUGAGUGUGAGACCCCGGCGCGUUGGGAUCUUCCUGGACUAUGAGGCGGGAGAGAUCUCCUUCUACAACGUAAGCGACCGCUCCCACAUUUACACCUUCACUGACAAGUUCUCAGGCAAUCUCCGGCCUCUCUUUUUCUUGGGUGCCUUUUUGGGGGGCAGAAAUGCAGAACCCUUGGUGAUCUCCUGGGUCAGGGACCCACAGGGGACCGGAUGCAUCAUCUUGUGAGAAUGGCUGCCCUGGUUUGUCACUGGUGGGCAGAGACCUGCGAGCCCAACCAGCUUCUCCCAGUGAGUGGGGCAGUGCUAGGCGAAAACCUCAGUGCCCUGGUGAGUGUUCUGGCAGGAUUCUCACAUGGUUCUGGCUGCUGGGGUGACCUGCCAUGUGUGACACCCACUGUGUGCCAUGUGUUGGGAAGGCACUUUGCAGCAGGAAUGUGCCAUAACCCUCUGUGCCACUAGUGGGGACAGGGGGGUCCCCUGAUCACUGAUGCCCUGAUACUCAUCUCACAGGCUGCUGGAGCAGGGUAUGUGCCCAGCCUGCCAUGUAGUGCUUUGAUGUGAAUUGUAUUGGAAUAAAGCAAUAAAGGCUUGAUUUGAGGAA